CGGGCGGAGCCGGGGCCCGGGCGGCAGCCGGACUCGAAGCCCGAGGGAGCGAUCGGCGCGCUGGCCGCCGGGGCCCGGGCGCGCUCCGGGGGCGCGGCGAGGCCGAGGGGGCGGGCGCCGGGCGGAGCCGCAGCCGGAGCCGGGGCGCCUGGAGGCGAGCGGGCCGCUCUCCCCGGGCUCAGAGCAGCGGAGAGGCCGUGCGGCGGGCGUCAGGGUCGGAGCACAGCCCCGAGCCCGAGGUGGGCCGAGAGGGACCGCGGCCGGAGCGGCCGGGGCGGCGCCGGGACGCUCCCCGGGGGCGCGGAGGCCGGGCAGGCCCGGGCCAUGCGCGCUGCUCCCUGAGGCCGAGGGAGGCCACGAUGGAGGUGUCGGCGGGAGAGCCCCCGGCCCGGGGCUGCGGUCCCCCGCCCGCACCCGCCCCGGAGAGGAAGAAGAGCCACCGCGCGCCGUCGCCGGCCCGGCCCAGGGACGUGGCCGGCUGGUCGCUGGCCAAGGGCCGUCGCGGCCCAGGCCCGGGCUCCGCAGCCGCCGGCAGCGCAGCGUCUUCCACGCGGCCCGACAAGAAGGGGCGCGCGUUGGCGCCCGGGGCGCGGGGCGCAGGGACGCGCGUCGCCGGGGUCCGCACCGGGGUCCGAGCCAAGGGCCGCCCGCGCCCGGUUGCCGGGCCGCGACCACCGCCGCCGCCGCCCAGCCUCACCGACAGCAGCUCAGAGGUGUCGGACUGCGCGUCGGAGGAGGCGCGCCUGCUGGGCCUGGAGCUGGCGCUGAGCAGCGACGCCGAGUCGGCGGCCGGGGGCCCGGCGGGGGCCCGCACCGGGCAGCAGCCCCAGCCUGCGCUGCCCGCACAGCAGCCUCCGCGGCCACCCGCCUCCCCGGAUGAGCCGUCGGUGGCCGCGUCGUCUGUGGGCAGCAGCCGCCUGCCACUCAGUGCCUCUCUCGCCUUCUCCGACCUCACCGAGGAGAUGCUGGACUACGGGCCCGGCGGCUUCAUGCGAGAACUGGAGGAGCUGCGCUCGGAAAACGACUAUCUCAAGGAUGAGAUCGAGGAGCUGCGGGCAGAGAUGCUGGAGAUGCGGGAUGUCUACAUGGAGGAGGACGUGUACCAGUUGCAGGAGCUGCGGCAGCAGCUGGACCAGGCCAGCAAAACCUGCCGCAUCCUGCAGUACCGGCUGCGUAAGGCCGAGCGCCGCAGCCUCCGCGCCGCCCAGACUGGCCAGGUGGACGGUGAGCUCAUCCGAGGCCUAGAGCAGGACGUCAAGGUCUCUAAGGACAUCUCUGUGCGGCUGCAUAAGGAACUCGAGGUGGUAGAGAAGAAACGGGUGCGGCUGGAGGAGGAGAAUGAGGAGCUUCGGCAGCGGCUCAUCGAGACUGAGCUGGCUAAGCAGGUGCUACAGACGGAGCUGGAGCGUCCAAGAGAGCAUUCCUUGAAGAAAAGAGGAACUCGCUCCCUGGGGAAGACGGACAAGAAGUCUUCUGUGCAGGAGGACAGUGCGGACCUGAAGUGCCAGCUGCACUUUGCAAAAGAGGAGUCAGCCCUCAUGUGCAAGAAGCUCACUAAGUUAGCCAAAGAGAACGACAGCAUGAAGGAGGAGCUGCUCAAGUACCGCUCGCUCUACGGCGAUCUGGACAGCGCCCUGUCCGCCGAGGAGCUGGCCGAUGCACCGCACUCUCGUGAGACUGAGCUGAAGGUGCAUCUGAAGCUGGUGGAGGAGGAAGCCAACCUGCUAAGCCGCCGCAUCGUGGAACUGGAGGUGGAAAACCGAGGUUUGCGGGCCGAGAUGGACGACAUGAAAGACCACGGGGGCGGCUGUGGGGGCCCGGAGGCCCGCCUGGCCUUUUCUGCCCUGGGUGGCAGUGAGUGCGGGGAGAGCCUGGCGGAGCUGCGGCGACACCUGCAGUUCGUGGAGGAGGAGGCGGAGCUGCUGCGGCGCUCCUCGGCAGAGCUUGAGGACCAGAACAAGCUGCUGCUGACUGAGCUGGCCAAGUACCGCUCGGAGCAUGAGCUGGACGUGACGCUGUCGGAGGACAGCUGCUCCGUGCUCAGCGAGGCCUCACAGGAGGAGCUGGCGGCUGCCAAACUGCAGAUCGGCGAGCUCAGCGGCAAGGUCAAGAAGCUGCAGUACGAGAAUCGCGUGCUCCUGUCCAACCUCCAGCGCUGUGAUCUUGCCUCCUGCCAGAGCACACGGCCAAUGCUGGAGACGGACGCCGAGGCUGGGGACUCUGCCCAGUGUGUGCCUGCUGCUCUUGGCGAGGCACAUGGCCCCCAGGCCACCCGGCUCUGCAGAGCCAGGGAGGCUGAAGCACUGCCUGGGCUGAGGGAGCAGGCUGCCCUGGUCAGCAAGGCCAUCGACGUCCUGGUGGCUGAUGCCAAUGGCUUUUCGGCUGGCCUCCGCCUGUAUCUGGACAAUGAGUGUGCUGACUUUCGGCUGCAUGAAGCCCCUGACAAUAGUGAGGGUCCCAGGGACACCAAGCUCAUCCAUGCCAUCCUGGUACGGCUGAGCCUGCUCCAGCAGGAACUCAAUGCCUUCACGAGGAAGGCGGACUCGGUCCUUGGGAGCUCUGCCAAGGAGCAGCCCGAGUCCUUCUCGUCACUGCCCACCUUGGGCUCCCAGGUGCCCUCCAAGGAGAUUCUUCUGGCCAAAGACCUUGUCUCAGACUUCCAGCCGCCUGAUUACAGGGACCUGCCGGAAUGGGAGCCCAGGAUAAGAGAAGCCUAUCGCACUGGUGACCUGGACUCCAAGCCUGACCCCAGCCGGAGCUUCAGACCUUACCGAGCGGAAGACAAUGAUUCUUAUGCCUCUGAGAUCAAAGAGCUGCAGCUGGUGCUGGCUGAGGCCCACGACAGCCUCCGGGGCCUGCAAGAGCAGCUCUCCCAGGAACAGCAGCUACGGAAGGAGGAGGCCGAUAACUUCAACCAGAAAAUGGUCCAGCUGAAGGAGGACCAGCAGAGGGCGCUCCUGAGGCGGGAGUUUGAGCUGCAGAGUCUGGGCCUCCAGCGCAGGCUGGAGCAGAAAUUCUGGAGCCAGGAGAAGAACAUGCUGGUGCAGGAGUCCCAGCAGUUCAAGCACAACUUCCUGCUGCUCUUCAUGAAGCUCAGGUGGUUUCUCAAGCGCUGGCGGCAGGGCAAGGUAUUGCCCAGCGAGGGGGAUGACUUCCUUGAGGUAAAUAGCAUGAAGGAGCUGUACCUGCUAAUGGAAGAAGAGGAAUUAAACGCCCAGCAUUCUGAUAACAAAACCUGCACAGGGGACAGCUGGACCCAAAACACGCCUAAUGAGUACAUCAAGACACUGGCUGACAUGAAGGUGACGCUGAAGGAGCUGUGCUGGCUGCUCCGGGAUGAACGCCGCGGUCUGACUGAGCUGCAGCAGCAGUUUGCCAAGGCCAAGGCCACGUGGGAGACAGAGCGGGCAGAGCUCAAGGGCCACACCGCCCAGGUGGAGCUGAAGGCUGGGAAGGGGGCUGGAGAGCGGUCAGGGCCAGACUGGAAGGCAGCCCUGCAGAGAGAGCGUGAGGAGCAGCAGCACCUCCUGGCCGAGUCCUACAGUGCUGUCAUGGAGCUGACACGGCAGCUGCAGAUCAGCGAGCACAACUGGAGCCAGGAGAAAAUGCAGCUGGUGGAGCGGCUUCAGGGUGAGAAGCAGCAAGUGGAGCAGCAGGUAAAGGAGCUGCAGAACCGUCUGAGCCAGCUGCAGAAGGCUGCUGACCCUUGGGCCUUGAAGCACUCGGACUUGGAGAAGCAGGACAACAGCUGGAAAGAGACACGAAGCGAGAAGAUCCAUGACAAGGAGGCCAGUUCUGAAGCCGAGCUUGGGGGAACUGGCCUGAAGAGGACCAAAUCUGUUUCCUCCAUGUCUGAGUUUGAAAGUUUGCUCGACUGUUCCCCGUACCUUGCCAGUGAAGCCACCCGGGGCAAGAAGCUGCCCAACAACCCUGCCUUUGCCUUUGUGGGUGCCCAGCCAGUGGACCCAGAGAAGGAUGCCCAGGAACAACCAGGGCUCUCGCCGCGGGACUGCAACCGCCUGGGCGCCCUGGGCUGCCAGGAGCCAGCAGGGAGGCAGAUGCAGCGCAGCUACACGGCUCCCGACAAGACGGGCAUCCGAGUCUACUACAGCCCCCCAGUGGCCCGGCGCCUGGGCGUCCCUGUGGUCCAUGAUAGGGAGGGCAAGAUCAUCAUCGAGCCAGGCUUCCUCUUCACCACAGCCAAGCCCAAAGAGUCGGCCGAGGCCGAUGGACUGGCCGAGAGCUCCUACAGCCGGUGGCUCUGCAACUUUUCACGGCAGCGCCUGGACGGGGGCUCAGGGGGCAGCCCUGCAGCAGCUGGGCCUGGCUUUCCGGCAGCCUUGCAUGACUUCGAGAUGUCGGGCAACAUGAGUGACGACAUGAAGGAGAUCACCAACUGUGUGCGCCAGGCCAUGCGCUCAGGCUCGCUGGAGAGGAAGGUAAAGAGCACGUCCAGCCAGACAGUAGGCCUGGCCAGUGUGGGCACACAGACCAUCCGCACCGUCAGCGUAGGCCUGCAGACCGACCCUCCCCGCAGCAGCCUCCACAGCAAGAGCUGGUCGCCCCGCAGCUCCUCCCUGGUGUCUGUGCGCAGCAAGCAGAUCUCCUCCUCCCUGGACAAGGUACACUCGCGUAUCGAGCGGCCAUGCUGCUCACCCAAGUAUGGCUCCCCGAAACUCCAGAGGCGGUCCGUGUCCAAGCUGGACAGCGCCAAGGACCGCAGCCUGUGGAACCUGCACCAGGGCAAGCAGAAUGGCUCGGCCUGGGCCCGCUCCACCACCACACGGGACAGCCCCGUGUUGAGGAACAUCAACGACGGGCUGUCCAGCCUCUUCAGUGUGGUGGAGCACUCAGGAAGCACGGAGUCUGUCUGGAAACUGGGCAUGUCGGAGGCACGAGCCAAGCCCGAGCCUCCCAAGUACGGCAUUGUGCAGGAGUUCUUCCGUGACGUGUGUGGCCGGGUACCGAGCCCCACCUCGGCAGCAGGGGAGGAGAGCAUCAAGAAGCUGGAGCCCCUCUCCCCAGCCAGCUACCAUCAGCCAGAGGGAAUGGCCAGGAUCCUGAACAAAAAGGCAGCCAAGUCAGGCAGCAGCGAGGAGGCCAGACUCUCCGUGCUUCCCCAGGUGGGGAAGGAUGGUGUCCCCCGGGACGGAGAUGGGGCCGUGGUCCUUCCCAGUGAGGAUGCUGUCUGUGACUGCAGCACCCCGUCUCUCACCUGCUUUGUCCGGCCUUCCCGCUCUGCCAUCCGCCAUUCUCCUUCCAAGUGCAGGCUGCACCCUUCAGAGUCCGGGUGGGGUGGGGAGGAGAGGGCAGCCCCGCCCAGUGAGUGACAAAGCAGCUGUGCUCCCCACAUCAACCAGCCCAGUCCCUGGAUAGCUGAAGGGAACCAGCGGAGAGGAGAUGAGGCAAGGGGCUGUGCCCUUGACGUCACCUUCGGGAGCAGCAGCUGCUCCACUGCCAGAGAACAGCUUCCUGUCCAGGUAAAGCGGGGUCGCCUGCUGACUGCCGGGUGGUAAUCUCUGACUUCCCAGGGGAGAAAGAGCAAAACUGGGCUUCUGAAGCAUCUCCAGAGAGAUCCCUUGGGAGCAAAUCCUUUGGGAGCUGAUCCCUGGGUCCUAAGGGAGAACCUUGCCAGGUUCCCCCCACACCCACCUCUCAGAAGAGCCAAGGAAAGGAUAUACUUCUGGCCAUGCCCCUCAGGGAAAAGGGCUCACAGUUGUUCCCUGCCAACUACAUCCCCUUCAUGGGGAGGAAACACCGAGAACAGGCUUUGCUUUCAGGCUCAACCUUGGGGCUCCCGGUGGAGCUGAACUGGGCAUCAUCCCCACCUGUUCCUUCCCGCCACCAGCCCCUGCUCCCAGCCCUGCUGCUCUGGAGGCUGUGAUUCUAGGCGGUAUGAUAGGGCCGUAGCCAGGACCAGGCAUCUGCUUGGAAUCCUGGAGCCCUGGAUCCCCCUGCCCGUAGCCUGGAUGCAGCAAGGACUGGAGGACGAGGUAGAAUGUGUAGGGCUCAGGGUCGGGGAGCCACCAGAACUGCCUCCCUUGCUAAGGUGGCUUGGGGGACCCCAACCUUUCCAGGAGAUUCCUUGAAGACAGAAAUAGGUAGAGUCAGUCUCAAGACCUGGUUCACAGAUCAACACCUAAAUGCCUACUGCCUUGACCUCUGGGGCCUCUUUCUCUGGCACCUGGAGGGGCACUACAUCUCCCCUGUGUUUAUAUCCUGUGGCUGGCAGAGGGCAAAGUCCCAAUGAGAAACGCCGCAUUGGCCAGGCCCGGCCAGAGACCCCAGCAAGCCCAUGCCCUAGGACAUGGCAGUAGACUGCGGCCUGGAAACACGUUUCUUGCUUUCGUUGUUUAUUUGAAUUUUUCAUGCUAUAAAUAUUUAAGGUGGUUUUACUUUAUUUUAAUAAUUUAAUUUACCCCAGAGUCCCUAAGGUAAUUUAUUGGAGGUUGAGACAUGUAUUCUUGCCACUGGGACAAUGCGAGGCUUCUAACACAAUGAACAGGCGUGGGGUCCCCCAUGCAGAUGCUGCAGCUCAGCAGCCAAGCUCUGGUCUCCUGGUCAGGUUUGGAGGAGGGCACGCCUGGUAGAGCUGGAGCCUUGCAGCCUGCUCCCCCAAUACCACCGACCGUUUGACCUCAGAGCACUGUUUUUCACCCAGUACCUGGUACUUGCCAGCCCCCAGCAGUGAGCCUAUAAAUGCUUGCUGACAGGGUGGAGGGCUGGACUGAUGUCAUCACUUCCCAAACAUUCUCCAUGUCCCUCCUCACUUUCCUCCCUCCCUCUACACCUUUUUAAUGAGUCAAACAUACAUAGAUCACUAAGGCUCAAUUAAGAGCAUGGAGAUCUCCAAGUUCCCUAUGAGAACUCGCAGGAAAACAGGACUGAACUUCGAGAAUGUUGUUUAUUGCAGCUUUGCACAUGGAUCUGAGAUUGUCUGCCAGCCUGCCUCAGUUCUCACCAGCCUGCCAGCCUUUCACCAGCUUCUCUCCUUAGCCUUAUGGCCUCUCCUGGCUCUUCUCCCAGUCCCAGCUUCACGGCCUGCCCUUCCCCACAUGCCGUGUGAGCUGCUGGAGCCAUCGGGCAGAUUGCUGCAUGGCUCAGUACAGUGUGGCGAGGAGGGUCCCAGAUGGCCUCCUCCUUGGUGCCAGUGAACCAUUUUGGUUGCACACACGCAGAUGUGCGGCCCUGCAGUACCUGGCUGGGGCCCGGAGUGGAAACACCAGGAUGAAGCAGCUUGUCUGUGGAAUUCCCCAUCGGGAGGACCAAAAACCAGCAGCUUUGCUAGGUCGCCCGAGGACUCAGGAGAUGACUCUGCUCUCCCACCUGCUUCUAGUCCUGCCCUUUCAGGGUCACCUGGAAAAAUUACCCAAAGUCUUUCAUCUCUAUUCCCUAUGGGCAGGACAUGAGGGUCAUGUCACUCUGACCAGCCACUUCCUCAUGCCAUAGUGACUCAUGUGGGCAGAGCAGGUAGGCCAAUGGGGCCAGUACCCCUGGGAAGCUGCUGCUCCCACCCUAAAGGGCAGGGGUCUUCUCCAACGCUAUCUCUAGGUGAGGGGAUUCAUACCAGGCCACAAGCCACCAGAGGCCUUCUGCCACCUCCCUGAGUCUCAGAGGGCCAGGAGGCUGCACUCCCAGCCUUGGGGGGAGUCCUUGAGACCUGAACCCCAAGGCCUAUGGACCGCUCAGCCUUACCGUUGUCCUCGUCCAGCGUUGUCCUUGCCAUUCUCGUUGUCUCUGUGCGUGGCCACCUGGCCCCAAGCUGAUGUCAGAGGCACCAGCUCGUGUAUCUCAGUAAAGUCCCAUUCUCUACUUCCUGCAUGCCAUUGUGCAAGAUCACUCAACUGCUCCUACAGUAGCCUCUGGACACGGGACUUGAUGGGGUUGAAAAUGUUACAUGUAAAUAUUGGUUUGGUUUGAUUUUUAGCAUUUUAAUUAGUCACUGGUUAUGUUUUCUUUUGGGGGAUGGGGGGUUGGUUUGUAAAAACUCUCUACUCUUUCGGAAUGUGAUUUCUCAGUUUGUUUGUUUCUUCAAAUGCCUUUUAAGUCUUGGUAACUUUCCCAAAGCAGAAAACUGCCUGACCCACAGUGGGGAUUCCUCUGAAGACUGAGGUCCCAGGAAGGAACACCACCCUUCUUCCCUUUCUUUCCUUUCCUACUAUCCUCUGCCUUUUUUCUCCCGGCACCUUCUCCCUCCUCCAUCCUUCUUCCUUCCCUCCCAUCUCCACUCUCUUCAGCCAAAGUCCCAAGGAACCCUGGGGUCCUAAUCCCUCUAUAGACCACAAAGCUUGGAUUCAUCCUGUUGACACAAGUUGGUUGGGGGAAAAUGAGGGACCAGUUAGCAUGGCUGACCCUAAACUGGACUACUCAUGAUUCUUAUGUCUGACCUCUUCACAGAGCCAAAUUAGACCCUCCUGGGGGCAGUGAUGUCUGUAUUUGAAAUGAAAAGCAGACCUCUUUGGCUUAUCAGUGGCUCCUAGAUCCUGCAUGCGCAAGGCAUCGGUGGCCAAUUCCCUGUCCCCCUGGCAACUCUUUCCUCCCAGUUCUUACCCCACCAAAGGUUGGCCAAUUUAAAAAACACUUAUAAGAGGUUUUUCUUUCUAAAAUGGGCCUCCCCUGGACCUCCCCAGGGAUCCUCCCCUAUCAGCUGCUCUCCCAAGUGACAAAGUCAAGGGCCCGAAGAUGAUCCUCCUGUACCCUGAGCACCACGUGGAUGCAUCAUGCCCGCCCCAUGCAUCUUUUCCAGUUUCAUCACCCAGCCUGUUCUCUUCUUGCCCAUCCAGUUUCAAGGCCCUUCCUCCCUCUCCCCCUGACCCAGAAUGCCCCCCUUCCAGCCUCACCAGCUCCCCAGGCUCCCACUCUGCUUCAUUAAUUGCAACAAUCCCCUGCACACCCCACCUAGAGCACUUUACUAUUUAGAAGUUGCUUUCCUGUCCCACAUCUCCUUCAAGCCUCUCAGGGAUGACUGGGAGGCAGCCUUGUCAGGACAGAGGUUAGUGCUCACGUUUGGCAGAUGAAGAUACUGAGGUACAGGCGUCAACCAGAGUGACCUAAGUGGGAAGUCAUAGAGUCUAGACUAGAACCUGGGCCCACUGGGUCCUCCAGCCCAACUCUAUCCUGCUUGCUGUGUAAACCCACUGCCCCACUAGGGCUUGUGUGGGUACAGGAAACCCAGAAUAUGCCACUGUCCUGCCUAGACAUAGCAUUAGUCCACUCUGAAUCCCAGAGGUGAUCUGGGGACUCCCUGCAUCAGAAUCCUCUGAGGGCUCCAUUGCCAUUUCUUGGGUCCCACCUCAGCCUUCUGGGCCAGCAAACUGCAUAUCUAACAAACUCCCAGGGAAAUCUUGAGCACCAGUGGCCACAUUGUUUUUGUUCACAGCCCUAACAAUUAGGCCAUCUUUACCAAUAAUCACAAUGCUAUGUCUUAAAAAAGAGCACUAAAUUUGGAAUUAAGAGACCUGGUCCUCAUCCCAGUUCUGAUUUGGUUUAAUUACCCUGAGGAUUUCCAGAAAGCACCAGAGGCAACUUCCAAUCAUAGCUGUAAGGUUCAAUAAGACAACAGAAAAAAAAGAAAGAAAAAAGCAGGAAGAGUUAUUCCCCAGAUCUGUCUGAUGUAAUUCCCAUAAUCAUGCAAUUAAAUUUCACUCUUGAGUUUCCUGGCAGCCACGGUAAAAAGAGAAACACAUGAGAUUUCAUAAUUCUCUUCCAGCCAUGGAAAGCAAGCGUAUUUGUCCCAGGUGACAAACUUUUAUGCUACUAAUUUGUAGCAUGUGUCCUUUCUUCAAAGGCCACAAAACCAGUUGCAAUGUAAACCUGAGAUACAAAGAUGUUUCCCAGGUCACUAUUAAAAAAAAAAAAAAAACUGCCACCAACUUGAAUGACCUUGGACCCAGAAUGCGGUGGCUAGUCUAUGCCUCAGUUUCCCCCACUAUAGUGUGGGAGAAUGUCCUCCCUCACAUGGCUGUGGUGGGGACCAAGUACAAUAUGGUGCCUGCAUAUCUACUUGGAAAAGCAUAAAGUUCUAUACAAAUGUAAAGUGGUCUGAUCACACUCAUUGUCCCCAGGUCAGGUCCUCAGUGCCCUGGCCCUGGGCCUGACACCUCCCUCAUCCCCCUCACCAACUUCAGUGAAUAGAAUGGGAGCCAUAAGAUAAUAUGAACCAAUCCCCUUGCUUUUUUUUAGUUGUGGUUAAAUAUACAUUAACAUAAAACUCAACCAUUUUAGCAUUCACAAUGUUGUACAGCCAUUAUUAUCCAUUUCCAGAACUUCUCAUCACCCCAAGCUGAUACUCUGUACCCUCUAAACACUAACUCCCCAUUCCCUCUUCCCCACAGCCACUCGUCACCCCUUUUCUACUUUCUGUCUAUGAAUUUGUCUAUUAUGGGUAACUCAUAUAAAUGGAACCAUACAAUAUUUGUCCCUUACUUUUUUAGAUGAAGAAUCAGGCCCAGAGAAGGAAGUGACUUACCCAAGGUCACACAGCAAACUAGAGGCAGAGCCUAGCAGAACCUGUGUUUCCUGACUCCCUACAGAUUCUGCAGCCCCAGUGGUGAAUGAGGCACCACCCUGCCAUUCUGUGCUCUUAGUCGAGUCCUUUCUUCUCUCUGGGCUCAGUCUGUUGGCUCUCUACCUCCCACCCAUCCUCUGUUACCAUCUUCCUCUAGCUGGUUCUUGCCAGCAGACCGAGGGGCCCUGGCCCAUGGCCAGGUGUUCCUCUUCUGGGCCCAGAGCUUCUGUGUAGCAUCCCUCAGCCUUCCCAGAACCGCCUCCCCAGCUCUGCUCCCCUCCCAUGUGCUUCCCUGUAACCCCAGCAGCCCCUAUUUGCCCCCUGAGGCUCGCAUUUCCUUCCUCUCACAGAGGUGCCCGUGUCUGUGGUCCCCCAACUCCAAUCUUUGCUUUCAUGUCUGGUGGUGUUUCCUGGGUUCAGUUUUAUUUAGUCUGUGUUUUCUCACACCAAAGGGGGCACCUUUCCCCAACACCUCAGGCGGCAUCAAUUCUGCCAGCCCUUCUCAUUGUGCUUGGCCCCAGCACCCCCCCAGCCCAGAAACACAUCCCUUGACCCACCCUUGAGCCACAUUGUCUCCUCUGUCCACAGCUUCUGGCAGGAUCCCAGCACUUCCCAUGAGGUGGGGGAGAGAGGGCUUGCAUCCCUCCUCCUGGGUCCCUCCAUCCUGCCCAGUCCUGCUGAUAACAGCCUGGCUUGCGUUAUGCUCUCCCUGGUCAUCCCACCAUCUGUCCAUUUGAUGUGCCGCCAUCCUCUGCUCUCCCCUGGGCCUCACUCCCCACUGGAACAGCUUGUCCUAGCAGAGCCUGUUGCUCAUCCUGGCUCUGCCCCUUACCCCUCUCAACAGUGUUUGCAGUUUGGAGAAUCCGCAGACUCAAGUACCAAAUGGGACAUGAUUCUGGGCCUGAGUCCCUGUCCAGGGCUCCUCCCUCACCUGCCUUGGACCCUCCCUCGUCCAUCCUAUCAGACUGGCUUCCCUCCCU